CCUCCGUUAGCACACCAACGGUUAGUUCGUUCUCCGAUCUGAAUCAUUUCGCUCGAGGAACAGAAGAGGAAGAGGAGAAAAUGGGUUGGAUCGGAGAAACCCUAGAUUCCAUUAAAUCUAUACAGAUCUGUCAGCUCCUCACCCAGGCCGUCAGUCUUGGCAUGAUCGUUACGUCUGCAUUCAUCAUAUGGAAGGCAUUGAUUUGUGUCACCGGCAGUGAAUCCCCGCUGGCGGUUGUUCUAUCUGGAAGCAUGGAACCUGGAUUUAAGAGGGGAGAUUUAUUGUUCUUGCACGUGAGUAGAGACCCUAUUCGAGCAGGCGAAAUCGUUGUGUUCAAUAUUGAUGGUCAUGAUAUUCCCAUAGUUCAUCGUGUCAUUAAGGUUCAUGAAAGGAAAGAGACCGGAGAAGUUGAUGUUCUGACUAAAGGUGAUAAUAAUUACGGGGAUGACAGACUUCUCUAUGCGGAAGGCCAGCUUUGGCUUCACCGCAACCAUAUAAUGGGCAGGGCUGUCGGGUUCUUGCCUUACUUCGGGUGGGUGACCAUUAUCAUGACAGAAAAGCCUAUCAUCAAGUAUAUGCUCAUCGGCGUUGGUUUACUCGUUAUAACUUCCAAGGGCUGAGGGACAACACAUUCAUUUCUCAUACCCUCUAAAGCCAGGUAGAUGCUGAGUUGAAAGAACUAACAAGACCGGGUUUUUUUUUUUUGGUAAAUCAAACAAGACCGGUUUUCUUUAUGCCUUGUGCUUGACUUUAACUUUGUAGAAUCAGAAGCAGAUUUUUCUCGUCCUUAAGACAAGUUCUCCAAACAUUUGUGAGCGUGUUAUUUGGCGAUGUGUUACUGUGUUUCUGGUGUCAGGACAUAGUUGAUCAAAGCAUAUGUUCUUGAUU